GGGCUGCCGGUCUAGCAUACGAUCUGUCCCUGAUUCCAAGGCACAUCGACGGAGAUCCGAUUCUCGUGCGUCACGUAGCGUAGUCAAGGGCCCCAUCUCACUCUAAUUACCUGCUAACACACAUUUCUGUGUCCCCUGCAUCGUCGGACAGUUUCCUUCCUUGGAACAUGCCGCUAGCAGGCCUCAGAAUAGACACCUCCGUCCCCAAGCAUCCUGGCCCGACUUCUGGCAAGGGACGCCCGUCCCUCGGCCGCGGCGUCACGCCCAGCUCCGCCCGCUCAAAGAGCAGCCUGUCGGUCAGCUCGGUCAAGGACCGCAUGAGAAGUCCCUCCUCCGCCUCCACAUCCUCCACGCUCUCCCUAGUAACCCCACCGCUAUCCUCCGACUCGAAUGCGUCCACCGCGUCCCUCCAUGUCCCGCAGGCGUCGACGUCUUCGUCUGCCGCUGCCGGUCCGUCCAGGCGGCCCACCCAAGCUUCCACGCCCUCGUCCGCUGCUACUUCCCCGCGCACUUCAUCCGAGUUUGUUCUUGCUAUGCAUGACUAUGUCCCCCAAUCGAGUAGUGGGACGUACCUGUCCUUCCGCGCUGGCCAGAUUAUUCGCGUCCUAAACCGUGAUGCUAGUGGCUGGUGGGACGGUGAGCUCGACGGACGACGGGGAUGGUUUCCCAGCAAUUAUGUCUCUGCGCAUGUAAGUUCUCUAACAGAGGAGGAACUCCCAUCCAGCUCGCGUUGGCGGCCUGGGCAUGCGCACACCCAAUCCACCGUAUCCACUACCUCUUGGGCCAGCACGCCCUCACCCAGACACAAUCGCUUUUCCUCAGAAAUCGGCGAAUCUGAAUUCGACUCGUACUGCCCCCCGCUAAUGGUCCCCCUCCUCCACGGCAUGUCCGUCCUGCAAGCCUCCGUGCGCUCCAACCGCCCAUCCCACUUCCAGCCCUCGACCGCCUCGAUCAUCGUCUCCGUGCGCACCAUGCUCUCGUCCGUCGAGUGCCUCCAGCGCGACGCGCCGCGCCUCAAGCAGCACCCGCCGCUCGCGCAGGAGCGCGCGCAGGUGCUCGCGACGCUCGCCGCGCUCGUCGCGCAGACGAAGAAGGCAGGUGAAGAGACGGAAGACGAGGAGCGGGCCGAGUGCGAGACGGAGUCGAUGCUCAAGCUCGCGGGGCACCUCUUCGCGCACUGCCGCCGGUUUCUAGCGGUUGCCGCGCAGUGCGGGGUGCCCCUGCCUGACAGAAGGAGCUCGGCGUCGGACCAGAGCUUGCUUUCGGAGGGCGAGGAGGCGGAGAACCGGGCGAAGCCGGCGAGGACGACGAAUGGGAUUGUACAUAGACCGCAGAUGCGCCAGAGAGAGGUGACGGCGACGCCCCGCGCGGCGAGGAGUAUGGGAGACUUGCGCACGCCUAGGCAGGGUACGAGGCGCGCUUCAGAACAUGGGCACCACGGGGGCCAGUCCUCGAUCAGUAGUAUCUCAUCCACGUCUUCCUCUUCCUCCUCUCAGUCGAUCAAGACACCCCCAAUGCUGCAAUUCCCAACCGGCCCGACGCCCGCCGCGCAAGUGCUCGACGCGCUCCGGCACACACACGACCAGUACCUCUCCACCAUCGCAGCGUUCAUCGGGCACGCACACUCGCACUCGCGCAUGUCGCACGCGUCGAGCACGGGGCACAUGUACGACCUCGUGCGCGAGGUCGUCGACAUGGUGUGCAAGCUGCUGACGAUCGUCGAGGCGGUGAUGCAGCACCCCGCGCUGCCGCCCGCGAAGCUCGCGCAGCUGCGGGGCGCGCGCGAGGGGCUGUACAGCGUGACGACGGCGCUCGCGGACGCGGUGCGCAUGCUCACGAGCGCGAGCGGGAUGAGCGAGGAGGAGGAGAAGGCCGCGCUGCUCAGAUCGGCGACGGGCGCGCUCAAGGCGGGCGCGGACUGCGUCGCGGCGGUGAAGCUCUUCUUGAACCGCACGGCGGUGGGCGAUCGCGGGCUGGUGGUGCACCUGCCCGGACCGGGGCAGACGAGCCCCGUCGUGAGCCCGCGGACGAAGGCGGUGUUUGAGGAGGCGAAGGGCGAGGCGGGCCCCGCGGGGAUGCUCGGGCAGCGGCUCGUGGAGAUGGAGGACGAGGAUAUGACUAUCCAGGCGCGCACGAUCUCGACGGACGCGGGGACCCCUGGCGGGCGGGGCGAUGUCUCACAUCUGAAUGGCACACAGCCCUCACAGUCACCUCCACUGCGAGCACAAUCGCCCCGCGUAAGGGAUGGGCCGCCGGUGUUGCCGCCUUUGGAUAUCCCCGACGACCCGCCGCCACAGAGGCUGCAGACGCCUAGCUUGCUCAGCCGGACGGACGAUGGGACGACGUGGGAGGGGAGCCACCACCAGGAGGGCCCGCGCGGGCUGGAGGAGAAGCUGCUCAAUGGCGAGCUGCCUUCGAUACCGUCUUGCGAGCUACCGGGCCGCGACCCCUUGUCGUGGAUGCUCUCGCAUGAUUAUUCCCUGGAAGAUGUAGCGUACAACAGUGAUGGCCAUCUCGUCGGUGCCUCGCUUAAUGCCCUGGUGGAGAAGAUGACGCCGCACGACUCGCUUGUGGAUAUUACCAUCUCGGACGUGUUUUGGGGAACGUUUCGUUUGUUCUCGUCGCCAGCGGAGCUGCUGGAUGCUAUCAUUGCGCGCUACAAUCUUCAACCUCCUCCGAACCUGUCACAAGAAGAUGUGUACGUCUGGCAGCAGCGCAAGGGUAUGCCCGUGCGCCUGCGCGUGUCAAAUCUCAUCACGAAAUGGCUCGAGGCGAACUGGCGCGCAUCUACGGACAAACCAGUCUUGCCCGCCUUGGCGGCCUUCAACCGCGAUGCUCUGUCGCGGAUGUUCCCUGGCCCUGCGCAGCGGAUUCAGGAUCUUAUAGUCGCGCGUAGCCAAGAUCGGGAUUUGCAGCGAGACAGGCUGGUGGAUCGCAGUGCUGCGAUCAACCCUCCCUUUGCUCCUCCGCCGGAGAUUCCCCGUCCUGUCAUGAACAAGAGUUUGCUUUCUGCUCUGCGGAAUAAGAGCUUCACCUCGAUCGCGAUCACGGACUUUGACCCGACUGAGCUCGCGCGGCAGCUCACCCUCAUGGAAUGCAAUUUGUAUUGUGCGAUCCGGCCGGAAGAGCUGUUGGAGAUUGGACAGGAAGGCACGACGUCCCAUAAGAAUAUCAAGGCUGUCACUUCGCUCAGUACUGUCAUCACCGGUUGGGUGGCUGAGAGUAUCCUGAAUGAGCUGGACAUGAAGAAACGCGUGGGUCUCGUGAAGUUCUUCAUCAAGGUCGCCGAUCGCUGCAGUACUUUGAAUAAUUUCAGUACUUCGCGUUCUAUCCUGGCCGCCUUGGAUUCCUCGACGAUAUCACGUCUGCACCAGACAUGGAUGGGAGUACCCCAAAAGAACAAACUCCAGCUGGAAUCCCUACGGAAGCUAGCGGACCAUGCGCGUAACUAUCACGAGUAUCGGUCGAGACUCCGUAACACUGCACCGCCAGCAGUACCCUUCCUCGGUCUUUAUUUGACAGACAUCACUUUUUGCCGCGAGGGCAAUCCUUCGCAUCGCGCAUCACCCUUAGCACCCGAAAAGAAACUCUUGAAUUUCAACAAAUACCACAAGCUGCACAGGAUUGUGCAAGACAUGGUACGGUUCCAGGUGCCAUACAACUUGAAGGACAUUCCCGAGGCACAAGAGUACUUGCAUGCAGCUUUCGAAAGAUCGAAAUCUACUGGUGAUCUCCAAGAUUUAUACCGCCGCAGUCUGCUCGUUGAACCCAGGCAACCGGCCGAUACGCCCCCCGCAAGCGACGUGCGGCACCUCUUCACUUGGGCAUCACGCUCACAAUCCCAGCAAGCUACGCCAGCAUCAUAAUCUUAUUAGCAGUUAUGCGGACUACAUUUAAUCUUAUUCAUGCAUCUACAGACAGCCGGCCUUGGGACUAUGGCUUCUCAUGUGUUUCUAUCGUCCAUCGCUCUUUCUUGCACUCAGGCUAUCGUUUGCACUAUCUGUCAUCUCUACAUCCAAUUACUUGCUGUCUGUAUGUACUAGGUAUAUUGUAGAACUCUACCUGUUAGUAAUCAUACAUGCCUGCUUCUCAUACAACUGCAGAUCUGAA